AUGAAGCUACAGGAUUUGCCUUUCGAAUUGUGUCGGGAUCACUUGUUGUGUUUUCUAGAUGAAGAUUACUUAUUUCCUAUGAGAUUGGUUUCAAAGAUCUUCUCCGACUGGAUUUGGUGUUAUUUAGUAGAGAAAAAAUCCAAGUAUUUCAUUCAUGUCUCGGUCGAUAAUAAUCAAUUAACAAAAGUUGUGGAUAAUUAUUUGAUCAAAUUGAAAAAUUUAAAAUGUAUUGAUUUGUUUUCGUUUGGUGAAAUUAACUUUUUGUUGCUAACUGAUGUGGGAUUGUAUGAGAUUGGUAGAUUGACUACCAUUGAAGAAUUGUAUUUGGACGAUGCUUUGAAAUGCACUGGUAGUUUCAUGGCUAAUUGGAUCUUGAACGGAAGUCAAUUGUUGCAUUCUAUAAAGGUAAUGGAGCUUAGCAAUGUGAAAUGCGAAUAUUUUCACCUGUUUAAAGAGUUUAAUAAUCUCAAGACACUUGAGCUACAAAGUAAUGAGACUAUUUCAGACACUGAGAUGAAUGAGACAAUUAUUGAGCUUCCAAUGUCUCUCGAGUCCUUAAGUAUUAAUUACCCUCUCACACAAAAGAAUAUUCAAGACAUUGUUCGCACAAGUCCUAAUUUGAAGGAGUUUAGUUUUCUUGCAACCAAUCUAGAUGAUGAAGAUGUUUCAUUUAUUUUGUCUAGCUAUUCUAAAAUUAUUGAGAAAUUCAAAAUGUUUAUUGAUGAAUCAUUAAGCCUAGAAGGGAAAUACUUGUCUGUUUUUUCAGAUUUCUCAUUCCCAUGCUUGAAAAAGAUUAGAAUUUAUUGGCCAUUUACAGAUAAUCCAAAGGUUAAAAGUUUACAAAGGUCUUUGUUUAUUCCAACAUUAGAUAAGUUGAGAAUAUUCUUUAAUGAUGGAGAAUCAUCAGCUGUAAUCGAUCCUCUACUGACAUUUAUAAUUAGACACAACAAACUCACUUCGUUACACUUGGAUUUUAUGGAUUAUCCUUCAUUAGAAAUCAAAAAUGAAAGACUUAUUGAGAGUCUAAACAAUUUAAGUUUAAAGUCUGUAUCAAUUUUUGGUGGUUUUAAUUUAGAGAAUUACAAAGAAAUUCUAAUCAACUUGAUGACGGGUAGCAAUUUGGAAAAACUGAAAUGGUGCGACAAGGAAUUGUCAGAAGAGAAUCAAUUUGUUUUUUUGAAAGAUUCUAUGAAAAGUUUACAUGUUUUGAAGCUUAGUGGGUCAUUAACAGAGAGUACAGUGAGCAGUAGUUUAGAAGAAUUAAGAAGUUACAGUUUGGAAAAGGUAUACGGAUCAUCUAUUUUUACCUCAUGCAUUGGUUUUCUACCAAUAUCGUUAAAAUUUCUGGAUAUUAUCGUUAACAGUCCAACGCGUAAUCAUUUGAAAAAUUUGAAAGAUUUAGUGAAUUUGACAAGUCUAAAAAUUGAAAUGACUGAAACUAUUCAAGAUUUCAACGAAUUAAGACUUCCAAAAUCACUAGGUAAUAUUGGAUUUGUUUGUGGAGAGGAUGUUAAGUUUACGGGGUUGGAAGAUGGAUUAUUAGAAGCCCUGCUCUCUGCCGAAAAUCUGAGAACAUUAUCUUUCAACUGCUGUUCAAUCAAAGAUGAUUUUAUCAAGGGCAUAGUACCAUAUUUAAAAGAAAGAUUGGAAAUUCUCAAAAUACUAUAUAACGAGGAAAAAGCUUUGACUAUUGAAUCAACUUAUUAUCUUUCGCAAUUCACAAGGUGCAGAACUCUACUACUAAAUAGUUAUGAUCCAUCCAUUACUAGUUCCAUUUUUUCUAGUUUUGAACAUGAUAAUCCAAGGAUAACUAUUAUUUUUAAGCACCCGUAUCCUGAGAGUAGAAAGUUUUACCCAAAGCUUAAUUAUGAAAACAUUGAGCAAGUUGUUUCCUAUACCAAACAAAGAAUCAGUGUACGAGAAAUGAAAGAUGCAAGCCUGGCAAUUCAAAGACUUUUCUAUUAUUCAGGAGAAAAGAUAAUUAAUUAUUCAGAGAGUGCAGAGAUUUUCAAAUUAUUUUUAAUAACAUUCACAUAUACAGAUUCGUUAUGGAAACGUGAUGACAUAGACUCAGUUUUCCAAAUGUUGGAUCAAUUAUGGAAAUCUAAAUCGAUUUCAUUUGAUUUGUCUUACAAUAAGGUUUUGAAAAAAGUUUUAAGGUCGAUUGAAUCGCAACAAAGUCUUUAUACAGUGGCCAAUAUUUUGAUAGAUUUGAAUGACUUUUCUUUUUUUUAUGAUUUUGACAGUUUGUUAGAAACUGUUGGUACUGAUGUAGAAUAUGAGGAUUGCUUGAAAGAUCUGGUCCAAAGGUUGUUGAAUGAAUUCUUUAGUGGAAACAAAGAAAUAUCUCAUUACUCUGGAAAUUUAUUUGUAAAUAUAAUUAACACGAUUGCAGACAACUGCCCUGAAUUUACCUAUAUUUCAGACUUUAUAGAUUUGUUAACUCAUCAAAAUCCUUUCAAGAUAUCCAAGAAAACAUUAGAAGCUAUUUUAAAGAAAAAAUCCAUUUUUGUUGGUGAUACCAGUAGUGGACUUCCAAUAUCAAUACCUAACACAACAGAAGAGUUGAGACAAAUGAGUACCGAAGAUUUAUUGGAUUAUGCCAAAACCAAUAUUUCCAAAAAAGACCACGCUCUUCACCUAGUAACUGUAAAGGUUCCAAAGACAGGCCCUUUCAAUACUACUUAUGUCUCUGACCCUUUUAUUGAAUGUGGAUAUGAGUGGAUGGUUGAAUUUCUCCCUGUAGAUGAAGACGAAGAUUAUGGAAAUUGUUCAAUAUUUUUGACACUCAAUUCAACAAUUAAUCAUAAUGAAGAAACAGGUCAAUUCGACAGAAUUAGAAUAGAAUUUUCUAUUAGAAAUUUUGACAUGGAUGCUAGUUCUUAUCUAAUAUAUUCUCGUAAAUUUGACAUGAUACUUUCGAGUUACGGGUUAUUUGUAGAGAAGCAAUAUGUUGAACCAUUCUCAACAAGGGAUGAGGAAUUUCUCAUAUUUAAAUUCUUUAUUGGAAUGAAGCAAAUUACUGAUACACCAAUAGCAAAUCAUCAAGUUGAUAUAGAGUCAUUCCACAAAGGAAGAAAGGAAUUGUCUACAACAAACUAUCCUCCAUUAAUUCACAGAAUGGCUUCAGAAUUUCCAAUUUCAAUACACACAAUUGUCUUUCGCUUAAGACCUGAAAAUGUUGGAAAGGUCUGCUAUAGUGAUCAAUUUGAAGCAUUUGGAGUCAAAUUCUCACCUCGGUUCACAGCAAUGGACAAUCCCCAAAACUUUGCAUUCGAUGGAGCCCUUCUCGUUCCAAGUGGAUAGAUCUCAAUAUCGACAUAGAGAAAUUGAGGUUGAUGGAGAAAUCUUUUAUGAAUACACUGUAAACUGUUGCUUGGCAUUAAUUAGCAUUGCCACAAAUUAUCCUCUCCUCCAUGAUAACGAAAAUCCAGAGGUAGAUAGCGACAAUGAUUGGGAAACAGAUGAAGAGGAUUGAAAAUCCAGAGGUAGAUAAUGACAGUUUGUCUACUGAUUAGUGUUGCCUGAUUGAGUAUACAGGUUUCUCACAUUAUCUUUGAGGGUACUAAGUUUGCCAGUCGAGCACCAAAAUGUUGCAAUUGUCUUACGGACCUGUGGGCUGGCUUUGUGGUCAUGACUUAGUAUAUUUCGAAUUGCUAUUAGAAUCUCCUUUACCAUACCAUCCAUAUUUUUACUAAUAACAAUCUUUUUGUGUUUUGCAAGAAAUGCGUUAUUUAAAUGUUUUGCCAAGUUAAUAUUGUGGCUGUCACAAUGCAAUCCUAAAGAUUUAACAAUGUUUGUGCCUUGCCAUGGGUUGUUCUUUAAGAAUUCACCGAGUAAAAUAAAUGGGAAGAGAAUCAGAUAGUCAUGUUCAAAGGUGGAUUCCCAUUCAAUUAAUUU